AUUUUUGCAGUUACUAGUGAUAAUGCUUCAAAUAAUAUUACCUUUAUGGAAUGUUUAGAAAAUACUUGUCAAAUGGAAAAUAUUUUCUUUGAUGCUAUUAAUUCCCAUUGUCGAUGCCUUGCUCAUAUAAUAAAUUUAGUUAUACAAGAAAUCUUAGAACAAGUUAAAGCUGGUGAAGCACAAAUUGAAGAUAAUAUCAUGAAUAAUAUGAAUUUAACUAUAAAUGCUAGAGAAAUAAUUCCUAAAUAA